GCCGUAGCGUGAGCACGUGAACGGGCGGGGCUCUCGCGGAAUACAUAAACAGAGAGAAAAAAUGGAUUUUUAAACAUCAGUUAUUGUCAGAACUUAACCUAUAUUUAAUAUGGGGAAACCAGCAGAAAAAGCCUUCUACCGCUUCGUAGUGUUGUUCUUCAACUGCAUGCUCACCUUCGGCUCAUACUUCUGCUUCGACAUUCCUAGUGUACUUCAAGAUCAGUUUCAAGGGAAUCUGACGUGUCCCAAUGCAACAGUACAGAAUGGGACAGCACCCAAUGGGACAGGCGCGUGUGUGGAGGGGUUGGGGAUGACCCCUCAGGAGUAUAACCUCCUGUAUGCAGUCUAUGCCUGGACAAAUGCAUUGGUGGUCAUCAUGGCUGGUUUCCUCAUAGACAAGUUAGGAAAUCGAUUUGGUGUCUUCCUCUUCUCCUUCCUGACUGUCUUGGGAUCUACCAUUUUCGCACUGGGCUCACAUUUCAAGGGCACCAGCUACCUGCUACCCCUCAUGCUCACAGGCCGCCUUCUCUUCGGAUCCGGCAACGGCUCGCUGACCAUUGUACAGAAUCGAAUCACGGCCUUCUGGUUCAAAGGAAAGGAGCUGGCUCUGGCUUUUGGUCUAACCCUGGCCUUCUCCCGCUUGGGCUCCGUCCUUAACUUCUUUUGCACCCAGAGGUUUGAGUCGGAAUAUGGGAUGCAGUGGACGCUGUGGGGGGGCACCUUCCUUUGCGUGUUGGGCUUCCUGGCCGCUAUCACUGUCAGUGCGCUGGACAAGGUGGGCAUGAGGCAGCUCGGCCUGGACGGCGCCAUUCAGGAGGAGUCGCGCAAAGUGAGGGUGCAGGACAUCCGGAAGCUCUCCCUUCGUUACUGGCUGCUAGUACUCACCAUCAUGUUUUUUUACAAUGGGAUCUUCCCCUUCAUUGCAGAUGCCAGCAAGUUCAUACAGGACAAAUACAGCGACUACAGUCAGAAGGAGGCCGCCUACGUGGCCGGAGCCGUAUACGACAGCUCCCUGGUGCUUUCUGCCACAGUGGGCAUCCUGAUCGACUACGUGGGCUUGCGCGGCGUCUUCGCCAUGGGCUGCGCCGUGCUCACGCUGCCCGUCUUUGCACUCCUGGCCUUCACCUUCGUGCCCCCGCUGGUCUCCACCAUCUGGCUGGGGGUCACCUAUUCCUUUGCUGCCGCGAGCAUGUGGCCUUCCAUCCCACUGGUUGUCCCGCAGGCCACCUUGGGUACGGCGAUGGGCCUUGCAACCUCUGUCCAGAUGAUCGGCAUCGGCCUGUCCAAUCUCAUCGUGGGCCAAAUUUUGGGGACGAAAUCCAGUGACGCCAAGAUCCCACUAUGGCGCUGGCAGAGGAUGAUGGUAUUCAUGCUGGCCAACACCAUCUGCUGCAUCAUGACUUCAGUGGUGCUCAACGUCGUGGACCACCGCCAGGGUGGGACCUUGAAUAAAACCACGAAGAGGACAGCAGCACAGGAGGACCCCAGUGCUGCAGACAGGGACCCCCUGCUGAAUGAGCAGGAGGGCCAGGGUGUGCCAACCAGCCCAGACAGCUCCUCCUCCAUUAACAGGAGCUAGCUGCUAGCCAGGGUCAGCCAAUCAGCAUCCCCAAAGGUCACAGCUUUUUCAGUGGUCACUGAUCUAAUCAUCUUGUGCAACUUUUAAUGAUUUUACCUGUGGAUGUAUUAUAGGAACCACCCCCCCCUGAGUAAACAAUUUAGUUUUAGCAUUUUUUUAAAUCCUGUACAGUAAAUCGUAAGUGGUACACAGAUUAAUCUAAGACCAGUCAGUUGUGUAAGUUUCAGAAGUGUUCAGUUCUGCAGUCAGACCGCAGUACCUUUGUGGAAAGGUGAAAGGCAGCCCUACCUACACAGGCCAUUGCAUUAUAAUGGCUGAAAUUGCUUCUACUAUAGUUCAUUCAAUAGUCAUGUGGGGGUAUACCUUUUUGUGGAAUUUUUAUUAAGGGGCUGCUUAAAUUUUUUUAUAACAUGGUUAAAUAAAAGUUACACACGUGA